AUGUAUCACGAGGUACCCACGUGUCACAUCACGACCGGCUAUUAUGUAGGCUUCUCGUUCAUGAUGAUGCGGCGCUAUCUGGACGCGAUUCGUACCCUAUCAGCCACAUUAGCCUACAAAUCACGAGCUAGUGGACUGAUUGCGCAGCGUGCUGAUCUGAGGGAAUAUGUGAACAAGCAAGCAGAUCAAAUGUCUUGCUUGCUGGGUCUGUGUCUGACACUUAGUCCGAUGUCUAGUCAAGGCGUGAUGCACAAGGCAGCGGGGGACGAGGCUGAAUUUGUCAGCUCUUUUGAUAUUGGCUGCCCGAAAUUCAUCACUCCAGAGAAACCGAAUUACGGGAAAUUGGAACCACAACGCCAGCAAAUGGAACUUUUCAAACUGGAGAGUAGUCAACAGAUUGAACUUUUACGCUUACGGUCAUUUUUGAAACUCUACACAAACAUGCCGACGUCCAAAUUGGCUGCCUACAUGAACUCUGUAAGCCCUGUACAAAAGCAUAGGCGGCGUCCAUGCGUGAAUUCGAAUGCCACCGAGGUUGCUGAACCUUCUACAACUUCAACAUAA